GCGCCCAAAACGCAUCUAGCUGCCCCGCGUGAUAUGGAGGGUGAGGUCAGCGUGCUGCUGGUCAUCACGGUGAUCAUCGGCACGAUCCUGAUGACCUCGCUGCUGGCCUGCUACAUCUGUGUAUUCCGGCAGUUGUGCUGCUCGCGGGACGCCGAUCUGGACCGAAGUUACAGUACGCGUGGCUCGAAACGCACACUACGCGACAGCACCAAUAUGGCGGAGAUCACCAACAUCACUAGCCAGCAAACGGAGAUCGAGAAAGUCUAGCUAAGGGCGGGCGAAGAGGCCAUCACUUCGCUCUAGAACACGGCAACCUGCCAAGCCCAAGCCCUCUCGGUUGUUACGCGUGACCGAGCUGUCCAUCCUGCGGCAUCCCGUCCUCGCCUUGCCGGUGCCGUGUGGGCCUUUCCGGGCAGCUGACCAAACCAUGAAGCUAAUGCAGGUGACGAACCGCAACACGCCGAAAGCGGCAACCAUCCAAAUAAGCUCGGUUCAGUCGACUGCUGUGGUUGGUUCCACGCUAUCCACGGCUCUACGAAUCCUGUACAAAGCGAAAGCACACCCUUUGCCUAUGUGUGUGUGUGUGUGUGUGUACGUGAGUGUUUGUCCGUGUCUUAAAGCACAAUCUGUUAGCUCUAGUCGAUAGAAGAAGGAUGCGGACAAAAUGCGGAUGGAAAUCGUGGGAAAGCGCGAUUACGCGUGAAUGCAUAUGAUACCGUGUGUCUGUUUUCGAGACGUGCUUCGGUGCCCAUUUCCAUCCGCCGAGAAGAACGUGUCCUUAUCGGUGGAUUAACACAAAUUCACCCGAUCACAGGCGCUAGUGUGUCCGUCGAGACGCGUGGUACAUCGAAGUGAUUGGAGCACCGCACAACUGUAGCGUUUUCGAUGCUCGAUGCACACCAAAGCUGGAAAACCAUCACCGCGCGUUGAUGUACCGUACGAAUGGAGUUUUUCGUAAUAAAGCUUUCUGUUAGAAUCUGCGGUAUUAUUGUGCUGUUGAACUGGUGUUAAAAGCAUUUCCUUUACAUUCAGCAGUGGAUAAUUUUAAGGUAUCUGUUAAAUCCCCUGUACUUAUUCCUUGAAGAG